UGUUGUGCCAGUCAGAAAAACAAGAUCCAAGUCGAUGCUGUCGAGCCACCACCACGGCCUGCACAGCAUGGCAAGUGCGACCAACAACCAGCUCAACCUUGCAGAUGCAAAUGACGUCCACCGACGAGAGCGCGACAGGUUGCGACAUGGGGUACAUGCCCAAGCGCAUUUCACCGACGAUCCGCGAAGAAAACGGUCGUCGCUCCAUCAUCCGCAGCAUGACGACGACUCAAUGGAGCAGUCGUCGCAGCACCAUCAUCAGCACACGAUUCCUACUGCACUGCACAUGGACAUCCUGUCGGCACACCAGCAACACGAGUCUACGAUUUGGCGCCGUCGGUUUCCCGAAUCGAGUUGGCGGUCGCCAAAGCUCCGUCCGCCUUCGUCCUCCACCGCAUCCAACCAAGACGACGGUCAUAAACGUCAUCACCACAUAGGAUUAGACCUGUAGACAACACCACGCUGGAAAACGACUGUAAUACAUCACAACUAACUCCG